AUGAGGCAGUCGGGAGGCGCGGCGCGGCUGGCGGCGCUGCUGCUCCUGGCACAGCUGCGCCCCGGGAACAGCCAGUGGAGCGCAGGGGCGGCGACGGCGGCGGCCGAGGUCCAGGACCCGAGUCUGCGAUGGAGCCCAGGGGAGCGGAACCAGGGCGGCGGGGCCCGCGCGCUCCUCUUGCUGCUGUCGGAGCGCUUCCCGCGCCGCGCGGGGCCGGGCCGAUGGGGAUCCGGGACGGCAGGCGAGCGGCCGCGACGGGACAACCCUCCACUGUCCAUUGACCUCACCUUCCACCUGCUGCGGUCCCUGCUGGAGCUGGCGCGGACGCAGAGCCAGCGGGAGCGCGCGGAGCAGAACCGCAUCAUAUUCGACUCGGUGGGCAAGUGAUCGGCCACGAAAACUUUGACCCCUUCCCCCAGCCCGGGCCUGGGACGGGCGCAACCGGAACUGACCCAGUCUCCUGGGGCAGAGUGGCCCAGGGACACCUCAAGCACUCUCUGAGUGGCUAUUUUGUAAUAAACGUGCUGAAGAGC